AUGUCACAUAUUAUGAGUGAUGAAAGUAUAUUGGCAAGUUUGGAUGAAAUUAUAGCAAAUGAGGAGUCAGACGACGAAUUUAUUAGUGAUUUAUUCGUUUUUGAUGAUGAAGAAGAAAUUGUACAAUCUGAUAAUGAAGAAGAAACUGAAGUUUCAUUUCCAACACAUCAACCAAAAGUAAUUGUACCUCAAAAAAUUAACAAAGACAUGUUUAUUCCAAAUUUUAAAUGGAAAUCUGGUACACCAUUUCAACCUAAGGUUCACCAGUUUUGUUCUGCUAAAAGUGGUAUUCAAAAAGAGUUUGAACUGAACAGUAACUCUACUAUUUUAGAUUUUUUUGAAGCUCUUGUGACUCCAUUUUUAUUGGGCAAAGUUGCUUAUGAAACAAAUGAAUACUUUAGGCAAAAUAAUGUUAUGUCAUCUCGUGAUACAAGUUGGUAUGACACUACAUCAGAAGAGUUAUAUUUAUUCAUUUCAAUACAAAUGCUUAUGGCCAGAAAUAAAAAACUUGAAAUUGCAGAUUAUUGGUCUACAGAUCCACUACUUUAUUCUCCUAUUUUUGGAAAAACCAUGAGUAGAAAUCGGUUUCAAUUACUUUUACGUUACAUUCAUUUUUGUAAUAAUAACAAUCAAAUCAAAAAUGACCGCUUAUUCAAAAUUGAUAUGGUAUUACAAGACAUAAAGAAUAAUUUCAGAUCUGCUAUGGUGCCAUUUCAAAAUCUGGUUAUAGAUGAGAGUUUGGUGUUAUGGAAAGGAAGACAUUCAUUUAAUCAAUUCAUAAGGACUAAACGUCAUCGGUUUGGAGUCAAAUUUUUUAUUUUAUGUGAUGUAGAAACAGACUAUAUUUUAGAUUUUAUAAUAUACACAGGAAAAACUACACGUCUUGUUUCAUGUGAUGCUAACUUAGGGCAAUCAGGUGCUGUUGUAAAAACAUUGAUGAAAAGAUAUUUGAAUAAAGGUCAUACUUUAUAUACUGACAACUGGUAUACAUCACCAAUAUUAUCAAUGUACUUGCAUAAAAAAAAGACCAAUACUUGUGGAACUGUAAGAUGCAAUCGUCGAGGAAUGCCACCAUUUAAAAAAACUAAAUUUCAACCAGGUCAAACUGAAAGUAAACAUACUGGAAAAAUGUUAACAAUAAAAUGGAUGGACCGGAGAGAGGUGCAUAUGCUUACCACAAUACAUGAAGAUGAACAGUUACCAAUUCAAAAACAUGGUAAAAUAACAAUGAAACCUAAAUGUGUUAAAGAAUACAACGAAAAUAUGGGAUCUGUAGAUAAAACUGAUAUGUUACUAAGUAGUGUAGAGUGUGUAAGAAAAACAAUAAAAUGGUACAAAAAAAUAUUUUUCCAUUUGAUAGAUUUAUCAUUGUUAAAUGCUUACUCAUCAUAUAAAACAGUUACUGGAAACCAUAUACCAAUAGCUCAGUUUCAAAUAGAACUAAUAAGACAAAUAAUAGAAAAAUAUCAUACCAAUCGUUUAACAAAAUCAAGACCACCAACUAAAGACCAACCAUCAAAACUAAUUGAUAGGCAUUUUCCAUCAGAAGUUCCAGCAACACAAUCUGGAAGGCUUGCCAGAAGAAGAUGCCAACUAUGCAAGAAGAAUAAUAAGAGAACUGACACUAGAUAUAUGUGUACAGAAUGUGAUGUGGGCUUAUGCGCAGCACCUUGUUUUAGUAUAUACCAUACAACAAAAUGUUGA